AUGGUGCCCAGGUGUAAAAACUGUGGAAGCACUGAAUUUGAACGCGAUCACAAGACUGCAUCAUCUGAUCUAGCAUGUGCCAGAUGUGGUACUGUUAUUGAGGAGAACCCAAUCGUGCUUGAGGUCACGUUUGGGGAGGCUCCGUCAGGAGCUGCCAUGCUUCAAGGAUCCAUAGUUGGUGCAGACCAGACUAGAGCAAAUUUUGGUAAUAAUCGUGGAUCUCUUGAUUCACGCGAACAAACGCUACAAAAUGGUAAGAAACGGAUCAGAAAUGUCGCUGCGGCUCUCAAGAUCAAAGACUAUAUAGCCGAUGCGGCUUGCCAGUGGUUUCAGUUGGCUCUCACCAACAACUUUGUACAAGGACGACGUUCGCAAAAUGUUGUUGCAGCGUGUUUGUAUAUUGCGUGCAGAAAGGAAAAGACGCACCACAUGUUGAUAGAUUUCUCUUCUCGUUUACAGAUAUCAGUUUAUGCAGUUGGAGCUACUUUUUUGAAGAUGGUAAAGGCUCUCCAUAUCACAUCUUUGCCUCUAGUUGACCCGUCACUUUUCAUCCAGAACUUUGCAGAAAAGCUAGAUUUUGGACGCAUGCUACCAAAGGUCAUAAACGAUGCCAUCAAGCUUGCACACCGAAUGAGCGAAGACUGGAUUCAUGAGGGGAGAAGACCUGCAGGUAUCGCUGGCGCAUGUAUUCUUCUGGCUGCGCGAAUGAACAAUUUCAGGAGAACGCACUCCGAAAUCGUUGCCGUUACGCAUAUCGGUGAAUCUACAAUCCAAAAAAGACUUAAUGAAUUCAAGAAUACAAACGCAUCGGGCUUAACAGUCGAGGAGUUCCGUGAGCGUGGUGAAGUCAAAUCUAGUCUUCCGCCCUCAUUUCAGAAAAACCGAAGAAGCGAGAAAAAACUGAAAAGCCAGUUAGAGAAAACGAGCACCGAGGAUGUUACCAAUGAUCCUGUCCUUGCUGCCAUUCUGGAAGACUCCAAACUCUCUGAGAAGGAAAUCCAGGAACAUGUCAAAAGAGUUCUCCAGCGACAGAAAAGGGAUAAAAUGCGCAAGCUGAAUGCCACUUUGGGGGAAGAGAACGAAGAGGAGGAAGAAACCAUCUCAGUCCAGGAUCUUGAAUUUGAACGAAUGAUUGAGAGGAAUCGGCCUCGAAAUCUUCUGAAGGCGCUUCCCAAGACGGAAUCCUUGCUGUCCAAAAUUCCUGAUGACCCAGAUAACCUGGACGACGCAGACGAUGAUGAAAUCAACAAUAUUCUUCUGACCGAGGAAGAAAGCAAGCUAAAGGAGCGUCUCUGGGUGGGAUCAAAUCAAGAAUUUUUGCUGGCUCAAGAAACAAAGCGUCUCAAAGAAGAUGCAGACAGAAUCGCAGGCCACAACCAACAUCCGAAGAGAAGAAAACGUUCCACGAAAAUUGAAGAUAAGGGUAACGAUCUAAAGAGCGAAUAUGGGGAGUACUUAUCAGGUGCCUCUUCACACCUGGGUUUGACGGCCGCCUUGAACCAGGAACUUUCAGCUGCUGAUAGCGCUAAAAGCAUGCUGAAAAACAAAUCCCUGAGUAAGAAGAUCAACUAUGAAGCAGUCAACGAGCUGUUUGAUGAUAACUAG